AUGGACUGGUUGAAUCAAACACACUUUUGGCCGGCCUCAGAUGAUGAGAAUAAUGAAGACCCGAACACAGACAGUGAGAGCGGAACCCUUUAUGAUGGCAUGGACGCAGUUAGUGACGCCGGCACCGAACGCACCAUGGUGGAGUUUUCAGAGGCUUUUGACACAGAGAAGGUAGUCAACAAAUGGGACGUGGACUUUGUUCCCGAUUUUGCCAGAGACCUUGGACAGGGAGUGGACUCACCAGAUGAUAAACUUCACAUUGUGGUGCAUUCCUCUCUAUCCAUGGAGUGGGACUACCAACAAUCCAAAUUAUUGGUCAAACAGACGUUCCGCAAUCACGUCUAUAGGCCGGUCUAUGGCGCGUACAGUACUGAUAGACCAUACCCAAACGGAAUGCUUGAUAUGUUGCUUGAGAGGCUAACCUCUCCUGGCUAUCGCAGAAGUAUGUUGGACACGGUCGCCACAGCUCAGCAGGUACAGAUCUUGGCAACUCUCAAUGACAUGGAUGCGUUCCAGGUGAGACAACUUCUGCAAAGUGAGGCUUUACAGCAAAAUACCGUGUUGAAUGGAAGUGCGUUGUCAGAUGCAAUGUCAAAAUGUGUGCAGAGUGAAUUACCAAUGUACCAGAACAUGCAAACAGUAGUACAUAAAUAUAAUCUUACCGAGUGGACCAAUUAUAUGCGGAUUGCACGCACUGAGAAUUUCAAGUGGAGUACACCAAUUACAAGCCUAUGGGAUCUGACAGCUGCAACACCUGUUGGUGUACAGACACCGCUGUCAGUGUCGUCUGGGCCGCAUGUGUGA